AGCCCCGGCACAACCUUCCUGUGUGGUUUCAGCCGCCGAGAGAAUCAUGGACCUGGGGAAGCCAAUGAAGAACGUGUUGGUGGUGGCCCUCCUCGUCAUUUUCCAGGUGUGCCUCUGCCAAGAUGAGGUCACGGAUGAUUACAUCGGAGACAACACCACAGUGGACUACACGCUGUACGAGUCCGUGUGCUUCAAGAAGGACGUGCGGAACUUUAAAGCCUGGUUCCUCCCGAUCAUGUACUCCAUCAUUUGCUUCGUGGGCCUUCUGGGCAACGGGCUGGUCAUGCUGACCUACAUCUAUUUCAAGAGGCUCAAGACCAUGACUGAUACGUACCUGCUCAACCUAGCCCUGGCGGACAUUCUCUUCCUUCUGACUCUCCCCUUCUGGGCAUACAGCGCAGCCAAGUCCUGGGUCUUUGGGGUCCACGUUUGCAAGCUCAUCUUUGGUAUCUACAAGAUAAGCUUCUUCAGCGGCAUGCUCCUGCUGCUAUGCAUCAGCAUCGACCGCUACGUCGCCAUCGUCCAGGCCGUCUCGGCCCACCGCCACCGUGCCCGUGUCCUUCUCAUCAGCAAGCUCUCCUGCCUGGGCAUCUGGAUGCUGGCCAUGGUGCUCUCCACCCCAGAGCUGAUGUACAGCGGGAUCCAGAAGAGCAGCAGUGAGCAGGCACUGCGGUGCUCCCUCGUCACCGAGCACGUGGAGGCCUUGAUCACCAUCCAGGUGGCCCAGAUGGUGGUAGGCUUCCUGAUCCCCCUGGUGGCCAUGAGCUUCUGCUACCUUGUCAUCAUCCGCACCCUGCUCCAGGCACGCAACUUCGAGCGCAACAAGGCCAUCAAGGUGAUCAUCGCCGUGGUUGUGGUCUUCGUAGCCUUCCAGCUGCCCUACAACGGGGUGGUUCUGGCCCAGACAGUGGCCAACUUCAACAUCACCAGCGGCACCAGCUGCGAGCUCAGCAAGCAACUCAACAUCGCCUACGAUGUCACCUACAGCCUGGCCUGUGUCCGCUGCUGCGUCAACCCUUUCUUGUACGCCUUCAUCGGCGUCAAGUUCCGCAGCGACCUCUUCAAGCUCUUCAAGGACCUGGGCUGCCUCAGCCAGGAGCGGCUCCGGCAGUGGUCUUCCUGCCGGCACACCCGGCGGUCCUCCAUGAGCGUGGAGGCUGAGACCACCACCACCUUCUCCCCGUAGGAGGCACCUCCACUGGGACUAGAGGGACCUCUCCCAGGGCCCCUCAGAUCAGGGACACGGAGCAGAAGAUCCAACAGCUGCUGAGGGAAAGGCCGGUCUGGCCAUUAAGGUUUAUCUCGUGGUAAAAACCUGAGCCGCAGAAGAGAGAAGAACGCCAACCCUCGCUAGCUACCUCAACCAAGGCUGCAAAGAGACAUGGUUGAUAAGCUACCCCAGAUCCUGCAACACUCCAAAACCAAGACCAUUAUCCUCUAAACCCCAAAACCAGAGGUGAAAGUCAAGAAACAGCUCACACCUCGCGAAGUGAAGGGGAGCAGGUGUUGGUGAGAUCUAGGUGGUGGAAGGGGCCCAGCGAGUAUUCCAGAUCAAUGUUCUUCUCGAAAGAAGUCCUCCCCAAGACUCAAGGCAAGGUCUUCCAGAGACCAGAGACCAUGGGGAGAUUUCUUGCCUGAGCAGGGGAACAGGGAUGCCAGUGGGUCAAACUAACUCUCUGAAUCCCUGCCUCCAUCUCUCUUUUUCCUCUGCCAUCUGAGCCAGCAAGAAUCGGCAGCCUCCAAGCCUCCUAAAAGCAUGCUGAGCCCUCGUCUGCCACCUCUCCUCAGGCUCUCCAAGCUGAAGGGGUGUGGUGCUUCCCACAGGCCAGUCCCUGCCUAAGCCCUGUUCCCAGCCACGAUUCUGGGGCAGAGAUGAAAUAUGGCCGGCCCAUCUCAGGUCUCAGCUCAGCUCCGAAGGGAGGAGCAGGCAAGGAGAAAGGUUAAGGGCCGGGGGUGGCUGCCUGCAGCCAGCCAAUGAGCUGCUGUUUUAUUCUCUGCCACAGGGAGAAAACAUCUCUCAUCCUGUUCUGCUUUCAGUUCAUUAAGAGAACACAUUUUAUUCAUUACAAAUAAAAGUUUUCCCUGGAGGAAACAACAACUUUAAAAGAAAGGGGGAAAAGUUUUUUCAGU